GCCCCUCUUAGAUAUAAACAAACUCACCGCUCACGUUUCCUUCCUUCCUUCCUUGUUUGACCAAAGACGUAACGAAAGUCUGAAACUUUCUCCACCUCUCCCCUGAAAUUAAUCGCUCUUUGAUGGAUACAUCGCCUCUCCGAUCUCAUUCCUCUUCCAGACUUUUGUUGCUCUUCUUUUGUAGUGGUGUUCGCGCUUCGAUUGUUUCCGAUCGUUGUUUUCAUAAGUCCUUCUGACACAGUUCUAGUUUCCGCAAAGAACCAGCCUCCGACAAGACAACCACCAUGGGCAAAAAAACUCAGCGUAAGAACGCUCGGAUGGAUUUGCUUGAUAGUGAUGAUGAUACGAGUAGUAUAAGCUCUUCCUCCACCAUGCAAUCUGAGCGACCCGGCAUGGAUGAAGUUCAGGUUCACAAAGAUGUUAUGUUGGAUCAAUCCCUUGAUGCUCUCUAUGAGCAAAGGAGUUCAACGAGAGAGCAAGCUUUGGCCUCCAUUUUGAACGCAUUCAACAGCGACUUGCAGCAUGAGUUUGUCGAAAAGAAAUUUGCCACUUUGUUGCAUCAGUGUUUACACUGCAUCAAGAAAGGGUCCAUUAAGGAGACCUCGUUAGCAUCACAUGUUAUUGGGUUGCUAGCAUUGACUGUUGGACUCGGGGAUCAAGCACAAGAGAUUCUGGAAGAAUCUGUCACACCUCUUUCUCAGGCCCUUAAAUCGGGCCGUGAAGCCUUGAAAAUAACCUCGACUCUUGAGUGUUUAGCAGUCAUAACCUUUGUUGGCGGGGCCAAUCCAGAGCAAACCGAGAGAUCUAUGCAGAUUAUAUGGCAAAUGAUUCACCCCAAACUGGGUUCUAAUGUUGUUGCAACAAAACCUUCACCUGCUGUGAUAACUACUCUUGUCUCUUCCUGGGCGUUUUUGCUCACAACAGUUGAUCGAUGGACUCUAGGUCCCAAACUUUGGCAAGAGAUCGUAACUUAUCUCUCCUCACUGUUGGAGAAGGAUGACCGAUCUGUACGUAUAGCUGCUGGUGAAGCGCUUGCUCUUAUAUUUGAGUUGCGAACUCUAGAGAAGUUUGCUGCGGAAGCCAAAGGGUCUACUGCUAAUGGAUCAGUGAAAGAAGGAAGCGUGUCUCAGGAGGCAUUGAUGAACAUGCAUGGUGUGAAAUCUAAAGUCACUAACCAAGUUAGAGACCUCGCUGCGGAAGCAGGUGGUAAAGGUUCUGCCAAGAAAGAUCUCAACACGCAACGAAGUUUGUUCAAAGAUCUCGUUGAGUUUCUUGAGAAUGGAGUCGCACCUGAAACCUCUACAAAGGUUGGUGGGGACUCUUUACAGACGUCAACGUGGUAUCAGAUGAUACAGUUGAAUUUUUUGAAGCAUUUCCUUGGGGGUGGCUUUAUCAAGCAUAUGCAGGAGAAUGAGUUCCUACAUGAUGUAUUUAGUUUCACUCCAAAGAAAAUUGGUGGACAUUCCACUAUGUCUAGUGAAGAAAAGGUUGUUUGUUUGCUAGACUUAGUUCCUUUUAUUAUUUCUGGUUCUCAUUGCAUUAUUUGCUUUUAUUUGUGGCAGAGGUUGUUUAAAUCACCAAACUCAGCUCUCAACAAGGCGAGGACGCUGUUCUUGAACAAGCAGAGGAUGUUAGCUAAGAAUAUGAACGAUGGGCAUUACGCUGCGAUGGUGGAGAAUGAAUGAAUAAUGGAUUACUAUUUGUCUACUCUUAGAAUCAUAUGAUUGGUCCCUUCAUUAGAUAUGUGUAGCAUUUGAAGUCUUUUUUUCCAAUAAAGUUUUUGGAUGCGUUGCUCCUAUGAUAUAACAGUUGUUGCUCUUAGAGAGCCAUUGAUAAAUUGUAAUUUGAGUCGUGUGGCGUUGUCACACAAUUAUAGUCUCUUGACAUAUUA